AUGGUAUAUAUUCGAUUUGGUGAUGCUAUUAUUCGCAUUUUCUCCUACUUGGCUAUUGAACAGAUUUUUUCUCUUUUUUUUUUUUUUUUUUUUUUUGUUUUUUUUUUUUUUUUUUUUUUCAAAAUUCUUCUUUUCCUUUUCUUCUUCUUUUUCUUUCUUUUCUUUUUUUUUUUUUUUCUUUCUUUAAAUUUCUUUUUUUUUUUUUUCUUUUUUUUUCUUUCUUUUCUUCUUUUUUCUUGUUUUCUUUUUCUUUUUUUUCUUUUCUUCUUCUUUUUUCUUUCUUCAUUUCUUGUUCUUUUCUUCUUAUUCUUUUCUUUCUUUCUUUUUUUCUUCUUUCUUUUCUUCUUCUUCUUCUUCUUCUUUCUUUUUUUUCUUUUCUUCUUCUUUUUCUUUCUUCAAAGUUUUCCUUCUCUCUUUCUUCUUUCUUUCAGAAAUGUUUUUCAUUUCUUUUUUAGUCCUUCCUCUUUUCUCGAUUCAAUCAUCAUUUUCAUUAAGAAAUUGUUUUUUUUUUCUUUUUUGAAUUCCACUUUUCAUUCUUAUCAAUUUUCAACGACUUUUUCUUUCUUUCUUUCUUUCUUUCUUUCUUUCUUUCUUUCUUUUAUAUAUUUCGAAAUGUUUUUCCUUGUUUAUUUUUCAUCAAUUUUCAACGCUUCUUUCAUUCUUUCUUUCUUUCUUUCUUUCUUACUUUCUUUCUUUCUUUCUUAUAUUUAUUCCGAAAUUUUUUCCUUCCUUUUUUAUUUUUCAGUUUCUCAUUUUCUUAAUUCUCAGUUUUUUUUUAACGAUUUUAUUCUUCUUUUUCUUUAUUCCUUUUUCUUUCUCUCUUUUUCUUUUUCUUUCUUUCUUUCUUUCUUAUAUUUAUUGCUUUUUUUUUUUUUCUACUUUUUUAUUUUUCAGUUUUUUAUUUUCUUAAUUAUUAUUCAAAUCUCAACUAUUCUUUCUUUCUUUCUUUCUUUCUUUCUUUCUUUCUUUCUUUCUUUCUUUCUUUCUUUCUAA